AUGCGAUAUGCUGGCGAUCUUGACGAUGAUGACUUUGAGCAAUUGGGUUGUGGGGUGAAGCAGGCGGCUGUCAACUUGCCUUCCCGUGGCAACCCUCCUUUGGAUUGGAGUUGUCGUUUUGCUUCUUCGUCUUGCAGGUAUGGUCUUCCUUUCUACUCCCUAACGUCCAAUGCGAUGUCACCUUCCUUAUGCUUCGCAUUCUGCAUCGAGAAAGGAAUGGACAUUUUUGGCAUUGUUGGUGCUGAUGAAUGUCGCUGUGGUGUCAGCACUCUGAAUGUGGCAGUUCUUCGUCUUGGCACAGAGGAGCUUGUCUCGGGCUCCUCGGUAAACGGUACGUUCGAGGAGCGUUCUUCGCUGCACGAGGAUCACUUUUGCGAAACGGGGACGCUAUGCCAGGCUCGCCAGCUCAGUGUGGUCAUCACUCCCAGGGCAACAGGGCCAAAUCCGACCCUAAAGGGCAUGGCCCAUCACGGCCCAUCCAGUUUUGGGCUGGCCGCCGCUUCUUUUGCGUCGACGCUGCAGACGAACGCCCGCGUAAUCCCGAGUACCAUCACGCAGGUCCUGGUUCUGGCCCAUUUGGCCGUGCUCCGCAAAAGCCAGACCACGGUUUGCGAGGCAUCACAACAAGCGACGUGUUCCGGUCGCCGCGGUCGCGCCGGGGCCUCACCGCGAAAGGGCACUCAUUUCGAUGAGACGAUCCGCGUCCGCCACGGUCGCGGGCGAGCGAUCAAGCCAAAUCUCUUGCAUCACGGAUCAUGGCUCCCACUGACAGGACAGGGAGGACGAGCUGCAAUGAUCACAAGCGCUUUCGAGCCCGGGUCGCUUUGCUAUGCUUUGCUCCAAGAAGUCCACAAUCUUCUCGGGCGUGUCCUCGUCGACAUCUUCCUUAAGGUAGAUGCGCUGGGCGACCACGCUCUGGCAUACGCGCAUAGGGUUGCUGGCUGGCAUGUGGCGACGAUUCUGGAACGGGCGUGGGGAAGCAGUCCCCAACAAUGGCUAGCGCACACCACGUCGCCGAAUGUCCGCGCCGACGACCGCCACCGCCUGGACCUCGCCAUCUACGGAGCGACGCCGUUUGGGGGGCCCUCAGCUGCGACGCGACAUUGGUCUCGCCGCUCUCGCGCGCGGGUUUGCCCCAGCCUUGCGGGCGGCCCGCAGCAGCUCAUCGUGCUAGGGACACAGGUUGGGGGACGGUGGAAUGCUGGCGCGAGACAGUUGCUCCACGACCUCGUGCGAUUUCGAGCCAAGCGAGCCCCUCCAGCCGUGCAACAGGCCGUGGCGAGCACCGCCCUGCCGCCAGCACCACCACAUGCCAGCCAGCAACAGGACCCGGAGUUCGAUCGAGUACUCGACCUCGCUGCCAUCGCAAUGUGCCAGCCCAAACAUUUUCAACUGCUCCAAGUGAUACUGCUUUGCUCGAACCUGCUUCUCCCACCCUUCGACGUAGGAUGGAGCGGUGCGGGCGCGCGACGUUGCGGAGAGCUCACCGAUGGCAUGCUGAGCACUCGUUGCGUCGCUGCUGCUGACCAGGCGAUCGAGCAUGCGCAGUGCAAGCACGACAUGCCGUGUGUGGGUGGCCCUGGAGUUGGUUCUCAGCAUCUGGCCGGGGCUCGCACGAAGAACCGCAACCUCCCUGGCCGCGACCUCACCGCCCGCAGAGUGCGCGCGGCUGCAUGGCUGCGCCUGCAGGGCUUCGAGGCGCCCACGUGGACGUCCUUGCUCGAUGGUGUCGCGCCUUUGCGUGCUGCGGAGGCUGACAGUGUGGGCCCGCAAACCACGCGCAAAGGUGCGCCAACGCCACUGCCCUCCCGGCCCGUGUUUGGAAAUGCGAGUCUGUGCCAGUGCCCGCGGUUCGCCGUCGGCAUGCGAGGUUAUAACGCGGUGGGUCAGCCCCGCGGGCGGGACAUGCACCUCGCCCCACGAUCGGAAAUAGGAGCAUGCAAGGCACGACGGUUUGUGUUCAACUUUCACGACCUCCGACCUCGGGACCCUGCCAACUGUGACGUCAAGCUCUACCGCUAUGUUGGUGUCUGGGUUUUUUUGAAGACGGUGGUGUACCUGCAUUUUCUCCUGUUGUCGGCGCAAGAGCGGACAGAGCUGGGCCAACAAGAGUUGGAACACUUUCCAGGGGCACGGGUGACUACCGAUAAAAUCCAUCAUCAGCUUUAUCAGCUGGUAUGGGGACUUACAACGUUGACAGGUGUUCUUAUGACGCGUAGUCAGUUGCAGUUGCUCGCUCUUGAUGUCCAUCCCCCCUCCCCCGAGGGCAUUUCCAACGAGUGGAAGCAUCAUGUCGUCAUCCCAUACGUCUUCGACAAAGGGUUGGAUAGUGCCCGGAAGGAGUUGUUCCGUGCCGCUUGUCGAAGGUAUAUGUCCAAGACAUGCAUUGUUUUCAUGGAGCACAUGGAGCCGCCCAACCAAACACAUGCCACUGUCGGGGUGGAUGACUACACGUCAUGUUACAGCGCUUUUGUUGGAGCCUCGGAGAACUCUAGGUUGAACCUCGGUUGGUGCAGCACCAUCCGCGAACUUGGAUCAGUAAUGCACGAGCUGGGGCACUUACUGGGUAUGGAGCAUGAACAGAAGCGCCCGGACUCGCAAAAAAGAUAUUUUGGCAAGGGCCCUUACCUUGUCAUGAAGUGGGAGAACGUUGCCCCUGGCUGGGAAUACCAAUGGGAAGUCGAUCCGACGCUUGCUGCAAAGAUAAGCUUGCAGCAUACGGCCAGGUUCAAAGCGUACACGGGCGACAACGAUACUGGAUAUGCACCCUAUGACUUUGAGAGCUUGAUGCACUAUGCACCUGUCUAUGAUGAGUUUGACACCAUUCCAGCAUCGGCAAAGAUGACGGUUGGCAACAGCUGCUGA